CACUCAAACAUUACAUUUGCACUGAUGGAUCAGUUACAUAAUGAACCAGAGUGGAGUUUUUCUUUUUCAUUUUUCAUUACAUUGAAAGGCUGAUUGGCUACUUCAACUCUAAUGACUUCUCUCUUUGAUAGACAUUGUUUUUCCACAUAGGCCUACCGUUCUGUUGUGUCCUUUUCCAUACGCAGCACAGGCCAUGAUAUCCAUCAAAAUUUGCAAGUUAUUUGCUUGAGUUCCUCCUAUGUUGGCUAGGUCUAUGAAGGGUUUUCCAGUGUUGGCGGAGCAUGACUGCCGGAGAGUCCCCUCAUCUCUGAUGGUCCAGAGAGCUGUGGUCAAGCCCAGAAAGCGUGUGGUCGAUUGGUUUGUGUGUUCCCAAACCAUGAAUAUUGUGGGCCAGUUAGCAGAGACAGUGUUUGUGACGGUGAAGGAGCUGUACCGCGGCCUUAACCCUGCCACUCUCACCGGAGGGAUCGAUGUCAUUGUGGUACGACAGCCCGAUGGAUCGUUCCAGUGUUCCCCCUUUCACGUCCGCUUUGGCAAGCUCGGCGUGCUGCGCUCCAAGGAGAAAAUUGUGGACAUUGAGAUUAACGGAGAAUCAGUUGAUCUGCACAUGAAGCUGGGGGACAAUGGAGAAGCUUUUUUUGUGGAAGAAAAUGAAAAUAUGGAGUCCCAGGUCCCAGCUCAUCUGUGCACCUCGCCAAUUCCUCUUGAGGUCCCUGAGGAGACAGAGGAAACCCCAGAAGGAUCCUUCGUCGCUGGGUCUGGAGCUCGCAGGAAGAAACGCCGGCGCAAACGCAUGCGCUCUGAUACUCACCUGAGAGAGGACAACUCUUCUUCAGAUGAGAGAGAAAGGGAGAAGGAGUGGGAGAGAGAAAGUGAUCAGACUGGACAGGAGAGUCCUGCUCAAGACGAGCUUGUCUCACCAUUACAAGUCAGUAAAUCGGUGUACUACUCACUGUCUGAGGAGCCAAGUGAGGAGGCGGGGGCCACGCAGACCAGAGACACUCAUCCUCACUCAGAGGGAGAGCAGUCGCCGUCUGAAAGUGUGUUCUACAGUCGGCCGUCCUCUCCUAAGAGCGACUCUGAGCUCCUGGUUAAACCCCAGGAGUCCUCCGGGCCUCAGAUACAGUGGAACUGGGGAGGUUUUCCCAUGCUGUGUCAAUCAGAGAGGACACCAGUGGAGCUGCAGCUCAUAUCCCCUUCCGGGAAUUCGCAUUUUCGCACCAUUGAGAGACAGGACUCGUUUGACAUGGGCUUGGAGCCUGUGAUCAGCUGUGGCAGAGUGGGCAGCGUAACAGUGGUCAGACCACAACCCAGGACUCAUUCCCUAGACCUAGGUAGCCACGCCACAGAAACCACCACUUUAACCAACGAGAGAAACUCUCACAUCGCUCAUUCCACCCCCAGCGACCUCUCCAAGUCUUGUGCAUCAUCAGCGAAGACUGAUGUGGACUCAAGGCAAACACUUGAAUACACAUCCGUGGAGCAGGAGAACAGAGACUCGACUUAUUAUUCUGCCAGUCUAAUUAAUGGCACUGAUUCCCUCGAUAGCAAAGAAAGCACAGUUAGUGUUGAGCAUGUUAGCACUGUGACUGAUACAGCUAGUACAGUUGGUGUGGUCACUGUGACCAAACCAGACAACAAAGAGACAGAACCAAAAGACAGCGAAGACUGCACAGUCACAAGAUGUCCAAGUAGUACAGAAUCAUCAAAUCUCCAACAGCAGGGGGCUUCAUCUGAGCAGAGUGAACAGGGUUCGAUUAUUAGCAGCGCCCCUGCCAGUGACGGGGACAGUGGGAUAGAGCCCUGUGCUGAGGGAGGGGACGAGGACAGUGGACCUGGAGUAAUGGAUGGGUCAAACGGAGGCUCACUGACCAACAAGACUGCACCAAAAGCUGAAGGGGGAGACGCCGGGGCCGGCUGGACCGCUGCAGAGGGGUUAGCAAAUACUUCUGAGGCAUCUUCCAAAGUGGAGCAACAGGGCAAGAGGAAAGGUAAACGUAAUCACCAUCUAGGACCAACAGAUAUUUACUUGGAUGAUCUGACCUCACUGGACCCAGAAGUGGCUGCACUUUACUUCCCAAAGAGUGACACAGAGGGACUGUCUCAACACGGUGCAGAGCAGGGCUCAUGCUCAGGGAGUCAGUCACCUCAGUCAGUGGGCAGCGGGGCCAUGGACAGCGGCACAGAGUACCUGUCAGAUUCCACCUCCUACAACAUGGACAUCAGCAUGUCCCUCUGUGGACAAGAGGGCGACACCAGCCAAAUCACCAAGGAAAAGUUUAUGGCGCACAUUGUGACAUACCAGGAUUUUGCCAACAAUCCAGGGAUCAUUGAGGAUCCAAGUCUGGUCAUCUGCAUCAACUCCAACUAUUAUAACUGGGCAGUGGCUGCUCCAAUGGUCUUGUCAAUGACAGCUUUUCAGAAGAACCUACCCAAGAGUACAGUAGAGCGCCUGGUGAAGGACAAGAUGCCCAAAAAGUCUGGACGCUGGUGGUUCUGGAGGAGAAGAGACAUGGACAGUAACCAGCAAAAACACUCAAAGGAGGAGCAAGAGGGGCCGAUGGUCAGUGUUUCUUCCACAGUAAAAGCCACACUGGACGACGUGGACAGUGACGAGGCAGCGGGGUUCGGCCGAAAAGCCAUCAUUCCUUCCAGCCAGUCGACAGAAACCCUUAGCGCGGCUCAGUGCAUCAGCCAGAUGUACCGCAAAUCCCUACGCCUGACCUCUGAGCAGAUAGAGCACUUAAACCUGCGCGAGGGAGCCAACAAGGUGGUUUUCAGUGUGACCACACAAUACCAAGGCACCUGUCGCUGUGAGGCUGCCAUCUACCUGUGGAGCUGGGACGACCGCGUCAUCAUAUCAGACAUAGACGGAACCAUCACUAAGUCUGAUGCUCUGGGUCAUAUUCUACCUCAGCUUGGAAAAGACUGGACACACAAAGGCAUUGCCAAACUCUACCACAAAAUACACCAAAAUGGCUACAAGUUCCUGUAUUGCUCAGCGCGGGCUAUAGGUAUGGCUGCCAUCACUAAGGACUACCUGCAAUGGGUCAAUGACAGAGGCACCGUCCUUCCUAAAGGCCCUGUACUGCUGGCUCCCAGCAGCCUCUUUUCAGCACUACACAGAGAGGUGAUUGAGAAGAAGCCGGAGGUGUUUAAAAUUGCCUGUCUCAGUGACAUCAGGGACCUGUUCAGCCCACACAGACAGCCCUUCUACGCGGCCUUUGGCAACAGGACUAAUGAUGCUUACGCCUACAAGCAGGUUGGAGUGCCUGAAACCAGGAUAUUUACUGUCAACCCAAAAGGAGAGCUCAUCCAGGAGAAGACUAAAGGCAACAAGUCCUCAUACAGCCACCUCAGUGAACUGGUGGAACAUUUCUUCCCUGUGCUGUCUGCUGUGGGCAGGACAUCCUCUGCUUUUGACUGUCCUGAGUACAGCAGUUUCUCCUAUUGGAAGGAGCCUCUGCCAGAACUGGACCUGGAUGCAUUACUGUAGACACAUACCCACACAUACCAAAAUGCACAUACGCACACAUUGUUAAACAUGAACAUAAGCAUAUAUACUCUUCCUGCUUUGUCUCAUUUUCCAGAAAGGCAUAUCAGAGGAUUUUUCCCAUCAUGCCUGAAUAUUGCCUUUGAUAGACCUGCCACCUGUAGAGCUUGAGCUUGUGUUAUGAGGCACUGGAUAAACUGGAACAUAUAGAGGCACCUGUCCCUUUAUACACUGCACUCACAGACAGAGCCAAAUCAAGUAUAAUAUGCAUAGACUCAAAAAUCAGUUUUUAAACCAUUAUGCAUUAAUCUCAGUGCCCUAACAGUUAUUUACACAGAUUAACAAAUAUGCCUUUAAACUGUUUCAGUUUUUUUUUUUUUUUGUUAUUGUGUGCACCAGUGUCAUAGUCAUUCUCAAAUCUAAAUUUGCCAUGAUAACUCUGACACUAUUCACACAUUUCAACUCUAAACAUGGACCAAAAAUAUAUUUGUACAGAGGAACUGAGCUGCAUUAGAACAUUUUAAAUGAUGCCUAUAUUCCUGCAAAUGCCAAAACUGUGUAACUAUUGUCUGCUUCCUGUGACUGAGCUGCAAAUUUUCAGUGCACUGCUUAUACCUAAUUGCCAUGAUGUGACCAAGUGAAAGGCAAACGACACUACAAGACAAACCUCUUAUCUCUUAUUCAGUUGAGAUUGUUUAGAUUGUGUGUCUGUGUGUUUUUGACAACAGAGAACGCGUUCGGGUGUGAGUGUUGAGAGGAGGAGUUUUAUAGCUUCAUGCGCCAAGAAACUAAAGAUGGUGUGAGAAUGUAUUUAUAAUAGUUUGGAUUAUUUUAGAGUCUGUUUGACCCGAGUAAGUAUGAGAUAGCUGGCGUUUGCCCUGAUCAGUGUUGUGCAUUAUAGGUUUUGCUAAGCACAAGAAUGUUGUUUUUUUUUUUUUUAAUGACAUCAGCCUCAGGAGUGAAAACCCUUUAGAGCUCUGGAUGGUAAAACCAGAGUUUAUGUGUAAUAACGACUGAGUCAAAGCUGAAUAUGGAGCAAGAGCUGCUUGUAAAGUAUGAUAGGUUUUUUUUCUCAGUACAUUAUGACUGCAAUAACAAGUGGAUCUUGUUCAUAGGAUGAUCAUUGAAAUUUCACAAAACAUAUUUCACGUCUUCCUUUGAGGUACUGCACCACCAAGUCUGGAAACGUUUGUACACUACAUGAACAGGGAGGUGGGUCAGAGCGACAGUGACUUUUACUGCAGAUGUGUAAACAAACCAGGGCGAGGGGCAAUUCAAAGCCUGGCGCUGUGCCUUUAUACUACAAUAACACUGCUAUAUUUAUUAUUUUUGCAUAUAUUGUCAUCAUCUUAUCAUCAUCCAACUGUGUGGAUAUGCAUUGGAGAUGAGCACUGUGCUGUAACUUUUGAAACCUAAUGUAUAGAAAUAUAAAUGAAAUUAAAACAGAACAAUGCCUGUUUUUCUUUGUCCCACAGUUUUAAUGUGAAGUGAGUGAUUGUUCUGUUAAUAUUUACAUUUAAUAUAUGUGU